GCAGGUCAUUCGGCAAAAAUUGGGAACGAAGGUGAAGUUUCACAGACACCGGAUCCGGACCGAUUCCACCUGGAAUCGGACCGGAUCCACCUGGAAUCAGACCGGAUCCAAAUUCUCGAUUCUACUUAAGAGGGCCGAACUCAGCUCUCCCUCACUUAGGUUUUCUCUCUCGAUUCGGCCCUCCCACUCUCACCUCUUACUCGAUCCGAUUCCACAUCUACGACACCCAGAUGACCACCAGGAAGACCAGGAACCGCCACAACCCGGACUACACUGACCAUAUACCGCUUCUGAAAGAAUUUGAGAUGGGCCAGAAGACGAUCACCGAUCUCAGCCCGUACACUCCCAGCGCACCUGAUCCGGACAACACACCGCGAUUCCUCUUACCAUCACCGGAGAUGCAGGAGCACGCUGGCGCCUUUUAUCAAGUCAUCCGGAACACGAAAUUUGCGAGCAUGGAGAUCAGUCGGCUGGGGCUUUAUGACUCAGUGCGCGAGCUAUGCGCUGGGAUUCAUUGGGAAAGCCUGUUACACAUGCGAGAGGACACAUACCGCCAGCUGACCGCGGAGUUUCUUGGCUCAUUCCGCCUAUUCAUACCCCCGACUGGCGAGGCACAUCGAGGCUACAUGGCUUUUUGGAUAGCAGACCAGCAGUACCGCCUCACGAUGGCACAGUUCGCCGACAUCUUGGGCGUUCCUCACGGAGCUACAGCUGCCUUGCCCUUCAUACACCCGGACCGACUCAAAGCAUUCUGGAGAGAUAUCGGAUCCAAGCACUUCAAGCUCAGCCUCCUCAAGUCCACAUGGAUCCGACAUCCGACGGUCAGAUACUUCCACAUGCUCCUUGCUCACGUCGUCUUCGUCAAGACAGAGCCUGGAGGGCUUAACCAGACCGAGCUGCUCUUCAUCAGGUACGCCUUAUCCCCUAUCUAUGGUGGGGACGAUUGGGGCAUGGGACAGGUCGACAUAGCAUCGCGAGUCGCCCUACACUUGCAUCAGAUAGCCCGCUCAAAUUCAGGCGUCUAUGUCCGAUGCGGCGGCCUUGUCACCACGAUUGCGCGAAGAGUCCGCGUGAACGUCGGACGUUAUGUGCGUUCCCGCCUCAAGGACGCCACAGUUCUCGACUUGGCUGCUCUGCGGAGCAAAUUUUCGUUGGAGACCAUUCGGGGCAACCAUCUAUGGUUGUACUACGACCAGCAGGGCACCAGCCAGUGCUUCACCUUUCCGAACAUUCACUUACCACCGAUCUCCAUUGACGGACUCCGAUUCCAAUUCUCUGCAGCACAGCAGGCUGGACUCGAGGAGGGCGCCUACGAUGGCCCGUCAGCACCCCCAUCUCCUCCAACAGUUCACACCACAGAAGCUGGCCCUUCGCAUAUGCACUCGCCACCUCCUUUUCCCCCGGCGGAUUCAGCUCCAUCGCCCGCCACACGAGCCCCAGAUGAUUACGGCUACACAUUCCAGCCUUAG